GGAGCGGCCCGGCCGCGGCUCGCCUCCCCUCCCGAUCCGCUCCCGGCACGACGCGACGCCGACGCUGCGGCCCGCCGAGGGCCGCCCCUCCCCGCCCGCGGCAUGAAGGCGCUCCCGGGCAGCGCCGAGGAAACCGAGAGGCUGAAUAAGAUGAGCACCCUGCUGGAGAGGCUUCACGCAAAGUACAACCAGAACAGGCCUUGGACAGAAACCAUGAAGUUAGUCCGGCAAGUGAUGGAAAAGAGAGUGGUGAUGAACUCAGGGGGGCACCAGCACCUGGUGAGCUGCCUGGAGACCCUGCAGAAGGCCCUGAAGGUGUCCUCCCUGCCUGCCAUGACAGACCGCCUGGAGUCCAUAGCCAGGCAGAGUGGCCUGGGCUCUCACCUGAGCGCCAACGGCACCGAGUGCUACAUCACUUCGGACAUGUUCUAUGUGGAAGUGCAGCUGGACCCCGCUGGGCUGCUCUGUGAUGUCAAAGUGGCUCACCAUGGAGAGAACCCCGUGAGCUGUCCAGAGCUGGUGCAACACCUGAGGGAGAAAAACUUUGAGGAGUUUUCAAAGCACCUGAGAGGCCUUGUGAACCUUUACAAGUUGCCAGGUGAUAACAAACUCAAGACCAAGAUGUAUUUAGCCCUGCAGUCCCUGGAGCUGGACCUCUCCAAGAUGGCAGGGAUGUAUUGGCAGGCCACCAAUGCAAACCCCCUGGACAAGAUCCUUCAUGGCAGUGUUGGCUACCUGACCCCCAGGAGUGGAGGGCUGCUGAUGAACCUCAAGUAUUAUGUCUCACCCUAUGACCUGUUUGAGGAUGGCACUGGAGCCCCUGUUGUCCUGCAUGAGAACAAUGUGCCUCGCUGCCUGGGGAUGAAUGUGGCAGUGACAGUGGAGGGAACCCUGGCCAUGUACAAGCUUCCAAUUGCUCCCCUGAUCAUGGGCUCUCACCCUGUGGACAGCAAAGGGACUCCCUCCUUCUCCUCCAUCACCAGUGCCAACAGUGUGGACCUCCCAGCCUGCUUCUUCCUCAAGUUCCCUCGGCCCCUGCCGGUGUCUCGAGCCUGCAUCCAGAAGCUCCAGGCCUGCACAGGUAUCCCCCUGUUUGACACCCCACCAACCUUUGUGCCCCUGUAUGAGCUGAUCACCCAGUUUGAACUCUCCAAGGAGGCUGAUCCUGGCCCCCUGAGCCACAACAUGCACUUCUAUGCAGCUCUUCCAGGGCAGCAGCACUGUUACUUUCUCAACAAAGAUGCUCCUCUCCCAGAUGGAAGAAGCCUGCAGGGCACCCUGCUCAGUAAGAUUGCCUUCCAGCACCCUGGCAGGGUUCCUCUCAUCCUCAACCUGAUCAGGCACCAGGUUGCCUACAACACCCUGAUUGGCAGCUGUGUCAAGAGGACUGUGCUCAAGGAAGAUUCUCCUGGGAUCCUGCAGUUUGAGGUUUGUCCUCUCUCUGACUCCUGUUUCAGUGUCUCCUUCCAGCACCCUGUGAACGACUCCCUGGUCUGUGUGGUGAUGGAUGUGCAGGACUCCACCCAUGUGAACUGCAAGCUGUACAAAGGGCUCUCAGAUGCCCUGAUCUGUACUGAUGACUUCAUUGCCAAAGUGGUUCAGAGGUGCAUGUCCAUCCCGGUCACCAUGAGGGCCAUCCGGAGGAAGGCAGAGACCAUCCAGGCGGACACCCCGGCCCUGUCCCUCAUCGCAGAGACGGUGGAGGACAUGGUGAAGAAGAACCUGCCCCCGGCCAGCAGCCCGGGCUACGGCAUGGCCACGGGCGGCAACCCCCUGAGCGGCCCGGCGCCCGCCGCCGCCGGCUUCCCGGGGGGGCCCAUCAGCACCCUCUUCAGCAUGAGCAUGAGCAUGAAGGAGCGGCACGACCCCGCGGGCCACGGGGAGGACUUCAGCAAGGUCUCCCAGAACCCCAUCCUCACCAGCCUGCUGCAGAUCACCGGCACCGUGGGCUCCGCUCUGGGCUCCAGCCCCACCCCGCCCCACCACACCCCCCCGCCCGCCUCCUCGCCCGCCAGCAACACCAAGAACCACCCCAUGCUGAUGAACCUGCUGAAGGAGAACCCCCCGCAGGACUUCUCCACCCUCUACGGCAGCAGCCCCCUGGAGAGGCAGAACUCCUCCUCCGGCUCCCCCCGGACGGAGGUGGGGCCGGGGGGGGGCAAGCAGAAGAAGAAGAAGUGCCGGCUGCCGGCGGAGAAGCCGAAGGCCCAGACGGAGGACGACUUCCAGCGGGAGCUCUUCUCCAUGGACGUCGACUCCCAGAACCCCAUCUUCGACGUCAACAUGGCGGCCGACGGCCUGGACACCCCCCACAUCACCCCGGCCCCCAGCCAGUGCGGCACGCCCCCCGCCGCCUACCCCCCGCCCGUGCCCCACCCGCCGCCCGGCGCCCAGCGCGCGGUGCGGCUCUCCAGCUCCGACAGCAUCGGGGCCGACGUCACCGACAUCCUCUCCGACAUCGCCGAGGAGGCCUCCAAGCUGCCGGGCGCCGAGGACUGCGCGGCCGCGGGCACGCCGGUGCGGGACUCCUCCAGCUCGGGCCACUCGCAGAGCGCCCUCUUCGACCCCGACGUCUUCCAGCCCGGCGCCGCCGAGAACCCCUACACCGACCCCGCCGAGCUGAUCGCCGAGGCCGCCGGCAGCCCCGCCAGCGACGCCUCCAACCACUUCUUCCCCGACGGGGUCGACUUCAACCCCGACCUGCUCAGCGGCCAGAGCCAGAGCGGCUUCGGGGAGGAGUACUUCGACGAGAGCAGCCAGAGCAGGGACGCCGACGACUUCAAAGGCUACGCCUCCCAGGCCCUGACCAGCCUGGGGGUGCAGGUGCUGGGGGCCGAGGGGGGCGAGGGCAAGUUCAAGGCCGGCGCCCAGCCCGACACGGUCGACUUCAGCAUCAUCGCGGCCGCCGGCAAGGCCCUGGGGCCCUCGGACCUCAUGGAGCACCACGGCGGCGCUCAGAGCCCCCUGCUGGCCGCGGGGGACCUGGGGAAGGAGAAGGCUCAGAAGAGGGCGAAGGAAGGGAACGGCGCCGGGGGCGGCGCGGCGGGGCCCGGCGCGGAGGGGAAGCCGGGCAAGCGCAGCAGGACCCCCUCCAGCGACGGGAAGAGCAAAGAGAAGCUUCCCAAGAGGAAGAAGCAGGAGACAGAUGGGAAGUCCCCCUCUCACAGCUCUUCAAACAGGCCCUUCACCCCCCCGGCCAGCACCGGCGGCUCCAAGUCGCCCGGCAGCUCGGGCAGGUCUCAGACCCCGCCCGGGGUGGCCACCCCUCCCAUUCCCAAGAUCACCAUUCAGAUCCCCAAGGGCACGGUGACUGUGGGCAAGCCGUCCUCUCACGGCCAGUACAGCAGCAGCAGCGGCUCUGUCACCUCCUCCAGCAGCAAAAGCCAUCACAGCCACUCCUCCUCCUCCUCCUCCUCCUCCUCCUCUUCGGCCUCAGGCAAAAUGAAGAGCAGCAAGUCGGAGGGGUCCUCGGGCUCCAAGAUGAGCAGCAGCCUCUACUCCAGCCAGGGUGGCUCAGGCUCAGGGCAGGCCAAGGGCUCAGCACAGUCGGUGGGGAAGCCUGGAUCCUCCCCCAUCACCAAGCACGGCCUCAGCAGCGGCUCCGGCGGCGCCAAGAUGAAGCCUCAAGGGAAGCCUUCGUCGCUCAUGAACCCUUCCAUGAGCAAACCGAACAUCUCCCCCUCUCAUUCCAGACCCUCAGGGGGUUCUGACAAGCUUGCCUCUCCCCUGAAGCCCGUCCCAGGUACCCCUCCGUCGUCCAAAGCGAAGUCCCCCAUCAGCUCGGGCUCCGGCGGCUCCCACAUGUCUGGCACCGGCUCCAGCUCCGGCAUGAAAUCCUCUUCGGGAAUGGGCUCCUCCGGCUCCAUGUCGCAGAAGCCGCCUCCUUCAUCCAGCUCCUCGACAGCAUCCUCAGCUUCUUUUUCCUCCGGCGGCUCUUCCAUGUCCUCCUCCCAAAGCCAGCACGGCAGCUCCAAGGGGAAGUCCCCGAGCCGGAACAAGAAGCCGUCGCUGACGGCGGUCAUCGACAAGCUCAAGCACGGCGUCGUCACCAGCGGGCCCGGCGGGGAGGACCCCAUGGAGGGCCAGAUGGGGCCCAGCUCCAACUCCUCAGGCCAUGCCAUGUCCUCCAAGCACAACAUGUCUGGGGGGGAGUUCCAGGGCAAGCGCGAGAAGGGCGACAAGGAGAAGUCGAAGGUCUCUGUCUCGGGGGGCUCUGGGGACUCCUCCAAGAAGGCCUCGGACUCCAAGAGCGUCGGCAGCACCGGGGUGGCCAAGAUCAUCAUCAGCAAGCACGACGGCGGCUCGCCCAGCAUCAAAGCCAAGGUGACUUUGCAGAAGCCUGGGGAGGGGGGUGGGGACGGCCUGAGGCCGCAGAUGGCCUCCUCCAAGAGCUACGGCUCCCCCCUGAUCAGCGGCUCCACCCCGAAGCACGAGCGCUGCUCCCCCAGCCACAGCAAGUCCCCGGCCUACACCCCGCAGAACGUCGACAGCGAGAGCGAGUCGGGCUCCUCCAUCGCCGAGAAGUCCUACCAGAACAGCCCCAGCUCUGACGAUGGCAUCAGGCCCCUGCCCGAGUACAGCUCUGAGAAGCACAAGAAGCACAAAAAGGAGAAGAAGAAGGUCAAGGACAAAGAGCGGGAGCGGGAGAAGGACAGGGACAAGAAGAAGUCUCACGGCCUGAAGCCCGAGAGCUGGUCCAAGUCGCCCAUCUCCGCCGAGCAGCCUCUCUCCAUCAGCAGCAGCACCAUGCUGGCGGCAGAGAGGCCUUCCAGGGCCAGCCCCGAGUUCCUGAUAGGGGAGGAAGAUGAUGACCUGAUGGACGUUGCCCUGAUUGGCAAUUGAGGG